GUUCAGUCGCGGAACCAACGAAAGGAGAACGGCGAGAAAACAACCACACAGAGAAGAUUUAGAGAUGGCGAAGGCAGACCAGCGCUUUGGGCAGAGAGAUGGCUCCGACCAGAACUUUGACUACAUGUUCAAGCUCCUCAUCAUUGGCAACAGCAGCGUGGGCAAGACCAGCUUUCUGUUCCGAUACGCCGAUGACUCGUUCAGCAACUCUUUCGUCAGCACGGUGGGCAUCGACUUCAAAGUCAAGACCGUCUACAGGAACGAAAAGAGGGUCAAGCUCCAGAUAUGGGAUACAGCAGGACAGGAGAGGUACAGGACUAUCACCACCGCCUACUACCGUGGAGCCAUGGGCUUCAUCCUCAUGUACGACAUCUGCAACGAAGAGUCCUUCAACGCUGUACAGGACUGGGCUACCCAGAUAAAAACCUACUCGUGGGAUAACGCUCAGGUCAUCAUGGUGGGUAACAAGUGUGACAUGGACGAGGAGAGGGUAGUGCCCGCAGAGAAGGGGAAGCACUUGGCUGACCAAUUAGGGUUCGAGUACUACGAGGCCAGCGCCAAGGAGAACAUUAACGUCCGCCAGGUGUUUGAGCGGCUGGUCGACAUCAUCUGCGUCAAGAUGUCCGAACGAGUGGACGUGGAGCCGCCCAUGGCCCCCAGCAUCAAGACCACAAGGCUCACCGACAAGCCCCCCCAGCUACCUCAGAAGUGCACCUGUGCCUGACUCACACUUAUAGGGCCGAGUCAAGCCAUGCCGAGCCGUGCUGGGCUGGCCUGGAUACGCAUCCACCGUAGUUGCUGGGACCGUGCUGCAAAGGACAAUGUGAAAAGAAAAUGUUCAGAACAGUGCAGUUCGAGCCGGCCCUAUAGUGUGAAAUAGGUAAUACUGAUUUGGUCACCCAGUUCUCCCCUAAUACACUUGCCAUUCCACUACUGGUCUUUUCCUAUUCUCUGUUAUUAAGCUAUUACAAGUUCCACCAACCUCUUUCCAAAGGUAGCUCUCCAUACAAUAUAUUUCAUGACUGCAAGCUCCCAAUAACUACUACUACUACGAUUACUUUUCUUUAGCAUUACAUAUCUUUUUCACCCCUAUAGCUUUGACCUCCAGCUGGUUCAGAGGUCAGAGAACCUUAAGCAGGGUUAUACAGGUAAGCACAGCACUGCCUCUCCUCCUCCAAAACAAAAGUGGCUUCACCACCGCACAAAGAAACACACACAGCUGUUCACGUUACGAGUUUACACGGGUGAGGAGAUAAGCCUCGAUAGCUGCAGAAGUUCCCGAGUCAUUUUGUCUCGUGCUCUUGACCGUCCUACUAGCGUUUCGCAAGCACUAAAGCUAAGACAAACGAACGCAAUCUGUCCCGUUGAUUUUUCAUUCUCAACGAUAUGAAGGGAGUAAUAACACUGAUAAAACGACAAGAUGGCCAAUACGUCUUGCACCACCAACACUAAGCCAAUGCCAUGUUCAGGGUGUUCUGACAUUCUGAGGGACUAUAACGUUCUAGAAUAAAGAUGUUCAUUGAAGAGCACACCCUUUUCCCUCCUUACCCUUCAGCUAAUAUAAUCUUGUAGCCGUCAUGUAAGCCAUGUUUACAAUGUUUAUUUCAUGAACGUGUGCGUUUUAGAAAGCAAAGCAUAUACUGUAUAAUUGAGUGUUCAGUUGUAAUGGUUUUAAUAGUGUUUGAUGUAUCUUGGGCAGAUGUGAAAUCUUUAAAUCAUGUAAUGUCAACUGAGACACAUCGAAAUACUUUGUGAAAUGGGAUAAAAUCAGAAAAUAUUGAAUAAAUGUGUUUGAAAAAUUAUGGAUUAUAACCUAAUGAUGACAAUGUGAAACAUACUUUGCCAAAUCUUUAUGUAUCGCAUAGUAGCACGUUUUUAUGUGUAACUUCCCACCAUGUGUAUUUUCAGUUUUUUAUUGAAUUGCUAGAUUUGCAAUAACGCUGACAAUGUCUUAAUAUAAUUAUUUUCUAAGUAAAUUAGUAAAUUAUAGAGUUAGAAUCUAUAAUGGUGUUGCUGAAUUUAUUUUUAUGCUGUAUCAUGGGAAGAAAUAUAGACCAUUUAUGUAAACGUGUUACAGUAAACUCCUUGAACAAAUGGGAGAAAAGCACAAAGUGAUUGUACAAAAUAUUGUGAAUGUUUGUAUAUUAUAGGUAGAUGCAAUUUAGUAUAUUAAAGCACAAAUCUUUACUUGA